UGACAGUUUGCAUUCAGUACGACUACAAACAUUCAUGGCGACGCACUGCAAUUUGUUUUGAACCUACUGGAAUAAAUUUGAUUCCCCAAGAAUCUCCCAAUCUGAAUUGAAUCUCCGCUUUGACAAUGAAUCCUCAACUGUUGCUUAUUUUUGUGUCUGCCUUGUUUAGCUCAGCUCUCGCCAUACGUUGCUACCAGUGUUCCUCGCAGACAGAUCCCAAGGGGGUGGACAAUUGUGGUGCAUACAAAGCAUUCAACAGGACGCAGAAUAUCGCCAUCGAGUGCAACAGCGAUGAAUCUCACAUGCCGGGAUCGUUUUGCAUGAAGGUGGUCCAGCAGAGCCCCCGAGGAUUCAUCUGGGACGGCCGAUGGCGCCAGGUGAUCCGACGAUGCGCCUCGGUAUCGGAGACCGGCGUUACCGGAGUGUGCAACUGGGGCGUCUACGAGAAUGGAGUCUACUGGGAGGAGUGCUACUGCGCAGAAGAUGGCUGUAACCAUGCAGCGAAAUCCGUGACCGUUUCGGGUGUAAGCCUGUUGUGCCUUCUAGGGUUAAGUUUCCUAUACAGACGAGUGUUCAACUGAACCGAAAACAGUAUGUCUUUUGUAACGUAAAUGCGAAGUAACAAAAUCCAUUCCAUUAUACUAAGUAGAGCGAAAACUCAAGGAAAGCAUACACUAUGUGAAUUGUCACCUAACUCCGUCCAGAGUAUUUGUUUUAGGCUUUAAGAAUCUACUUUUACUGUUUUUUUCGAAUACGUUGUACGAAUAAAAAAAAUUAAACUACGAA